AUGGCCGACACACUACCAUCAGAUGUAGACCAACAGCUAACAAUGGCCGACACUCUACCAUCAGAUGUAGAUAAACAACUAACAAUGGCCGACACACUACCAUCAGGUGUCGACAAACAACUAACAAUGGCCGACACUCUACCAUCAGGUGUCGACAAACAACUAACAAUGGCCGACACUCUACCAUCAGAUGUAGACCAACAACUAACAAUGGCCGACACUCUACCAUCAGAUGUAGAAAAACAACUAACAAUGGCCGACACUAUACCAUCAGAUGUAGACAAACAACUAACAAUGGCCGACACUCUACCAUCAGAUACAGACAAACAACAAACAAUGGCCGACACACUACCAUCAGAUAUAGACAAAUAA